CUCAUCUCUGACUUGAGCACAAGCUGUCUGCUCAACUCACACCCACACAACUGGCCUCGUCAUGAUGGGCUGCUUCGAUUGGUUCCGUUACCAGACACACAGGACUGAACAGUCUCAAUGUCCAGCCCCUCAUGCCAAGUCCCUAGCCAAGUCCCUCUCGUCGACGUCAUCCGUUGCCGAAUCCGCCAUGGACUCAACCGUAGCAGACGUCGACAGCGCUUCCUCCACAUGCUUCACAUGCGCCAGGCUGAACUCGUCCACGUUCCGCAUCGUCGAGGCUGACAAGUAUGGAGAAUUUCCUUUCAUCUACGUCAAAGUUUAUGACACUGUCAUUGUUUUGAUCGACACCGGUUGCGGGGGCGCAGCAAGGGACCCGGGCGUCCAGCUCACUUCUCUGCGGGGCUUCAUCGAGACAUACCCGGUCGAGGACAAUCACAGCACGCCGCUCAAUGCAGGCGGGAGCAGGUCAUACGUGGUAGUGUGCACCCACUGCCACUAUGAUCAUAUUGGGGCCAUUGCCCAUUUCACAGACGCGCCCAAAUCGUCCAUAUGGGCAAGCAAUCACGACAGAGCAUUCAUUGAGAAUGACUUGCCAACCUCCUCGUUGUGCCGCUUCGUCGGCAUGGAGACACCACGAUACGAGGUCACUGACUGGGCUGCAGACGCCCAGAGUAUUGUCUCUGCCGGCAAGGACCUCGGACUCACGAUAUACCACACGCCAGGCCAUACCCCUGAUGAGCUAGCUGUAUGGGAUCAACAGGAGAGGGUCUUGUACGUAGGUGAUACCCUUUAUGAGACUGCACCUAUACUCUUCUCUCUGUCAGGCAAUCUGGGUGAUUAUGCUGCAACUCUGCGAAAGCUGAGGCUACUCGUCGAUGGUUGGAACAAGGGACGCACCGAAGGCGACCUUGUGUCGAUGGCUUGCGGUCAUUGCACACAAAACACACCUGCCGCGGAGUUCCUUUACGAGGCCGAGAGCUUUUUCGACAAGAUCAGAAGGGGACUCGUCUCGCCGAUCGAUAAGGGCACAACUCCUGGCCGAAAUAUCCCGCUGGUUGGAUUUUACAGAGAGGACGGUUGGUUUUCCUUUGUAGGACCUAAGGACCUGUUUGAUAGAUUCCGCCAAGGGGAAGACGCCUUAAAUAUUUAGCUUAUAAUAGUUUUUUUUAAAAAAAUAGAUAGUUUUAUUUCUAUUUAA